AUGUACGAAAAUAAGUUUAAAACGCAUGAUGUAGUGACGCCACUCUGCGUACUGGAAUCAGAUUUUGGCUUCAAAAUAAACUGCGCCUUCAAGAAAUCGGGUCUCUUCAGAGUACGGAAUCUUGGUGGAGUAAAAGCACACGCUAGUUUAGGUUUCAGUUUUGGUGACGAACUUGGUUUUGACCAGUCCUUAACCAACCAGGAUCCGAGUCGAAGAAGAUCUGUAAGUUUAAAGAAUGGAGCACCAAAUAUCCUUGUGGAUACCACAAAUAGACCUGCUAAGCAAGAGAAACGGGGCAAACAGAAUAGAAUUAUGAUGCGGCCGGUUCCUCAACCAGGUCGCCCUAAUCAAGCGGCUAUGAAUAAACUAAGUACUUUGCACAAACGUGUCACAACCACCAUGCAACCAAUCAUCGUUUCUGGACCAAUUGGCCCGAACAAGGCACAACCAACAAUCACUAUGGCGAAGCCAAUGGCCAUGGGGGUACCCGCUUUCAAACCGCUACCCCCUAAAGAAGAAACUCUCAAAGUUCUACCCAUCGCAACAAGAAAAACUUUCACGCCACUAGAUGUACCCCAAGGAAUGACGUAUGAAAGUGAGAAUAAACCAAUUUUACAUGAUAAUGUAUCUAAAAUGGUAUCACAAAUGCGCAUCAAACCCAUCAAAUCGGUUAAUCCAUUCGUACCCAUGCCAGCACCGAAUCAGCGGUUUUCCCCCACUUCUAACAUACCAUCAACUUACAACCCCACUUCUAACUUACCAUCAAACUUUAACCCCACUUUUAACUUACCAUCAAACUUUAACCCUUCUUAUAACACACCAGCCACCUUUAAUCCCGCUUCUAAUUUUAUAGACCCAGUCUCCCACCAAGUGCAAGAUUUGGCAUACAAUACCAAGAAAGUUGACGAUUAUAACAGUAUAAGUGGAUAUAGCGAUGAUACGACUUUAAAGCUAAAUAAGGAAGAUAUAAAUACUAAAAUCGCUGAAAUUGCGAAAGCUGGAAAUAUUUCUAUGGAAGCAGUAGAAGCGGCGAUAGCGUUGAGGCAACAGCAGCUGUUGAAUAAAUACGCAAAUAUUCAAAUACCAACAACAACGACGACGUCAGAGCCUCCUGUUGUUUUUGAGUUAGAACCGGAACCGGAAAUCAUCGUUGCGCCACCACCACAGAAACCUAAGAGGAACCCAACGUUAGGGAAAGUAAUGAAUGCCCCAAGAGAGUAUUAUCCUGUUGGUUACGAGAAAAACUUUGAUGACCACUUCCAGUCCAAGGUGGACCUUCCUGACACUAACUUCCACUGUGGGGACCAGAAAUACUUUCCUGGAUUGUAUGGAGAUGAGAACCUUGGUUGUAUGGUGUUCCACGUAUGCGCAUUAACAGACGAUGGACUGGUAAUGAAAUCUUUCCUUUGCCCGGAGUCGACUCUCUUCGACCAAACCAUUCUUAAAUGCAACUGGUGGUUCUACGUCGAUUGCAAAAACACCGCUUCCUUAUAUGACACUAAUAUACCUGUAUCUAAAAGUUAUCAGCUGAUGAAAGCGCUGACAUUCUUCAGCUCCUAUAAGAAGGAAAUUGAGGAUGGUCAUCCAACGAAUCCAGAAGACGUCGGCGGCAUCAAAGAUGCAAUAACAAUUCUAGAAAACCAUGAUUUAAAAACAUCCGAUACAGAAAAAGUAGAAAUUAUAACUCCAUCACCGACACCACUCAUUGACGAAAGACAUAAUAAAAAAGAAGAAAUGACACCAGUCUAUCGAGGGAAUAGAAAAUUAAAUAAUACAAGAGAUACAAAUGAAUUCAGAUUAAUUACAGUAGGAGCCGGAAUUAAUUUUAAUUCCACAAAAAAAUCAGAUAGACGAAGACUUGCAUAUAGGUUUAAUAGAAAUUCUACGACUACAGCAAGCCCUUCUUCUACUGAAACAACAACAGUAAAAGAAAAGCCAAAAGAAGAUAAUCCAAGUGUUGAAAAAGAAGAAAAGUUGACAGACCAAAUAGAAUCGGAUACAUUAUUAAAGGAAGCAGAAACCGCAGCGCCAGUAAGGAGAUUUUAUAGAUCAAGCGCGGAGAAGGAAAUAGCGAUAAUUAAUAAUGAGAAAGUUCAAAUUGUUAGACCAACUCAAAUUAGAUCUACGUCUAUACUAGAUGAAGCGGUGUUAGGCAAAUCAUUUGCGCGGUUUAAAAGGGAAGUCUUAAGAAUACCUCAUAGUCUAUAG